CGGGUCACCAGGCAUCAAGUCAUUUGGCUCGACAGCGAGCACCGCGUCAUCUGGCAAGGCAGUGGGCUCCGAGUCAACUGGCAUGACCGCGGGCACUGGGGCAGACAUUGAAUCGUCUGGCUGGACAGCGGGCAUCGGGUCACCAGGCAUCAGGUCAUUUGGCUCGACAGCGGGCACCGCGUCAUCUGGCAAGGCAGUGGGGCUCCGAGUCAACAGACACGACAGUGGGCACCGGGUCAUCAGGUAUCGGAUUGUCUGGCUCGACAGCGGGCAUCGGGUCACCAGGCAUCAGGUCAUUUGGCUUGCCAGCCGGCACCGCAUCAUCUGGCAAAGCAGUGGGCACCGAGUCACCAGGUACGACAGCGGGCUCUGGGUCAACUGGCACGACAGCGGGCACCGGAUCAGGUACUGGAUCAUCUGGAUCAACAGCGGGCAUCGAGUCAACUGG